CCUUCCAUUUCCACACAACUUCUCCUAUCUUUCCUUCCUCUCUUCACUCUCUUCUCAUGCUUUGCUUCUUAGCUUCAUAUAGAGACCAAAAAGGGAGGUAGACAAAGAGCAAAGCUAACAAGAGUGUGAGAAAGAGUGAAAGAAAGAGAUGGGGAACUGUUUUGGUUCUCCUGUGAAAUCCAUCAGCCCCAGCAGCACUAGAGCUUCAAGCCCAGUGGCUUCAAGAAGGCAAGCUAAUAGCAGCUUUUCGACCACCGGAAAGCUUUCAAGUAUCAGUAGUAGUUUUGAUAUGAGCUGCGAGGAAGUGUGCUUGGAGGGGCAGAUAUUGGAGUCCCCAAAUCUUCGCACUUUUAGCUUCUCUGAGCUGAAGAGUGCCACAAAGAACUUCAAGGCUGAUGCCAUUCUUGGAGAAGGCGGUUUCGGAAGGGUGUACAAAGGAUGGGUUGAAGAGAAGACUCUCAAUCCCACAAAAAGCGGUGUCGGAAUAGUUGUUGCAAUUAAGAAAUUGAAUGCUGAGAGUGUUCAAGGUUUUGAACAAUGGCAGUCCGAAGUCAAUUUUUUAGGCCGGCUGUCGCAUCCUAACCUCGUAAAGCUCUUGGGUUAUUGCUGGGAAGAUAAGGAGCUCCUUCUAGUCUAUGAGUUCAUGGUAAAAGGAAGCUUAGAAAACCACCUAUUUAAAAGAAAUUCAGCUCCACUUUCAUGGAGCCUAAGACUAAAGAUAGUCUUGGGUGCUGCUCGAGGACUUGCAUUCCUACAUGCAUCAGAGAAACAAAUCAUCUACCGAGACUUCAAGGCCUCAAACAUCCUUCUCGACUCUAACUACAAUCCGAAACUCUCUGACUUUGGUCUAGCGAAGAAUGGACCGACUGGUGGUGACUCUCAUGUCACUACUCGUGUCAUGGGUACUUACGGGUACGCAGCACCGGAGUACGUUGCCACAGGACAUCUAUAUGUGAAGAGUGACGUAUACGGGUUCGGAGUAGUGCUACUCGAAAUGCUCUCAGGUCAGCGAGCACUCGAUACGAGUCGGCCCAGUGGACAGCACAACUUGGUAGAUUGGGCAAAACCAUACCUUUCAGACCGGCGAAAAGUUUCCCGUCUUAUGGAUCCCCGGUUCGAGGGACAUUAUUCAUCGAAGGGAGCUCUAAUGGCAGCUCAGCUUACUCUUAACUGCAUUGCAGUUGAUCCGAAAAAACGACCUUCGAUGAAAAUUGUUGUUGAGAUUCUUGAACAGAUUGAAGCCAUUGGUGGCAGAGCAAAGGAAUCUAAGAAAGGUCAUGCAAGUCAUUAGAAUGAUCAUGUUCUUCACAGAUUCAAUGCAAAUAAACCACUAGAACUUUGUAAUCUAAAUUUUCCUUUUUUUUUAAUCAUUUUGUUCAGUGUUCACAGGUAAAUUUAAUAUGUUCACAAUGUGCAAGUGAUCCUUGUUUCUGAGAAACUGAAGAGCAACUUAAUUAGUGAGUGUUUUGGUUGGUCCUUCCA